AUGUCCGACUGGGCUUCCAAAUGGGAUAUGCGCAUUAACUACGACAAGUCUCUGGAUUUGCAUGUAGGAAUUGUUGUGGAUGAUAACCUCAACUUCACAGAACAUAUUGAUCACAUUGGAAGAAAAGCAUACUCUUCCCUUUUACGGCUAUUCCGCAUUGCCACACCAUUAAUCCAACUAUUCUCACCCAUCUAUACAAAUCGUUCGUCUUACCUCAUCUCGAAUAUGGCUCUUUGUUUGGAGUCCUUCAAAGAAAAGACAGCAAAACUCGAAACGGUGCAGGAGGCUUUUACCCGUAUUUUAUUCAGAAGAAUAUCAGCAGACCUGGCGGUGAGUAGCUACGAGGAUUGUCUCAAAAAAUUAGCUUACUGCGAGGCCACUCUUUUAAUUCCUCCUGCAUAUGAAGUCUCACUGAAGCUCAUUCGCUAA